AUGGUCAGCACAGGAUCAGACGUUUACUCAUUUGGGAUUGUCCUCUUUGAAAUGUUGAGUGGGAUGCUCGCUUACGAUAAAAGGAGCAUUGAUGAUGGUCAGCCACAGACACUCUUACAACUGGUCAAACGCUACUAUGAUGAUGGCCUGGACAAGCUCAUUGAUCCCAGAAUUAGAGAUCAAAUUAAGAUUCAUUCUUUGUAUACAUUUAAGAAGAUUGCUUAUCGAUGUAUUAGUACCAACUUAAACGAUCGCCCAACCAUGAAGAGGAUCAUCAGGAAGAUUAAAGAAGCACUGAACUUUCAAAACCAUGAAGCAACUUAUAGCAUUACCACACGAAACCUAGAUAGUUAUCAAAUUCCAAUAAAUGAGAUCAGCUUGGCAACCGAAAAUUUCAACCCUCAAACUUUGAUCGGAGAAGGUGGAUUUGGUAUGGUUUACAAAGGACAGUUGUCUCGAAGCUGGCAAAACUGCACAGUUGCCAUCAAACGCCUUAAUACACAAGGCCACCAAGGGAAGAAGGAGUUCCAUGCCGAGCUUAAUCUGAUUUCAAGAUUCCACCAUCCAAACAUCAUCCCUUUUAUUGGCUACUGUGAUGAAGACCGUCAAAUGAUUAUUGUUUACCAAUAUGCAGUCAAUCGAAGUCUUGAUUAUUAUCUUGUAGACCCGAUUAAGAGGCGUUCCCUAACAUGGGCACAACGCCUCAAUAUUUGCUUAGGAGCAGCAAAAGGACUCGACUACCUUCACUCGGGUCUAGGGAAGGACCACGGAGUAAUACACAGGGAUAUCAAGAGUGGGAACAUUUUGCUGGACGAAAAUCUGGUAGCUAAAAUCUGUGAUUUUGGUUUGUCAACAGAACGCCCUAGAAAUCUAGAAAGUAGUCAAUUUCUUACCAAAGUUGCUGGUACCAACUUCUACAUGGAUCCUAUUUACUAUGGAAGUGGCAUUCUCCGUAAAUAUAUUCAUUAG